AUGAAGAUAAUCAGAUUAACUGUCAAGCGGAAAUGUGUAUGUACUACUAUUGCUAUAGCAUGGGUACUAUUAUUUGGCCAAUGGAUGAUAGAAAGAUUACAAACAAAACUUUUUUCUGGUCAACAAUGCUCUAUUUCUCAAAUAUCACAAAUAACUGAGGUGGUUCAUGAUGCAUUUGCCUUUGCAGAUUCCACAUGGAUUUAUACUAUGAAUCUCUCUCAUUAUUUUGAUUGGACAUGGUAUCGAAACGGUGACUACAAUCGGUAUUUGAAAAUUAAAGCGUCUAAUUACACCAUACGGCAACCGAUCACAUUGAAUGCAUAUAAAAAGCCUCUGGUUGUCAAUGAUGUCAAAUUAUAUCUUAGUACACAUCCACAGGAAGGUUUCGUCGUAGACGAUUUUCGGCAACUACAAAAUACUGUACCUCAUUCUCUUCCGAUUGCGAAAAAUUUAAGUCAGACUUGUCACGAACUCAAUUUGACCAACUUUAAUGCCUGGCUAUCGUGUGUACUUGAUCCAAUUCUGCUUGCACGUCGAAUCCCAGCAACUACUCAUUCAGUGGCUGUCGGCAUAUUUAAUGCAUUUGUCGAUAAAAGUUCAUCGUGUGGACCUGAAGGAACUGUAUAUACAUCAUAUGCCACCUACCGUUUUCAGAAAUGGUCCACCAGCCCAUGUCACAACUCGCCCAUUAGCGUCAAUCAUACGGGAAAAACUGUUGAAUCUUACGAUGAAUUACUUGAUUCAGUAGGCGUCGGUCUGUCCGAUCAUGGUCAUUUUGCUCCUCAACAAUUGCCUCGUGUUCUACGACUAUUAGCAGUUGCUCCUUCGAGCUCAAAAUUGCUUGUAGCUAGCGGUGGCACAGCUGAUCGAUUCAUGGAUAUACUUGUGGAAAGAAAUAUUGUAACACGAGACAGAAUCGUACCCUAUGAUAAGAACAAAAUUUACCAAGCAAAAAUUGUCUACCGUUCAGAAACAUGGCCGUACUUGCCUGGUGACCUGUAUGGAAAAUAUUUACAUGAUCGUACUGAUAUGGAGAUCGUACAUCGAUCUUUAAUUAUGAAUGAGCUGCUCGACGAAGAACGAGAUCUUGUACUAAUAGUCAUGAGAAAACCUGAAAACUCGCGGUCACUAAUAAAUCAUGAUGCUAUGGUGAAUAUGAUCGAACAAACAUUAAGGAAUUAUUCAAAGACACUACUGAAGAUACAACUUUUUACAGGAGAAAAUCACAUUAAAGAUCAAAUUAAAAUUUGGCAGAAAUCCAAAAUUGUGAUAGCUCCUCAUGGUGCUGGUCUAGUCAAUAUCAUGUGGAUGAAACCAGGAUCCUUCGUCAUCGAAAUUGGCUAUGGGAGUGGAUGGACAUUACCUGAAAUGUACUUUGAAAUGGCCACUCAUUGUCAACAUAAAUACUGGCUAGUGAAAGCUAAAGGAGCGUAUGAUACUCGAUUAUCUGUUGAUCUUGCAGAUUUGCAUUGGGCCUUUGUUAGCGCACUACUGCAAAUCCACAAUAAAUAA